CUCUGUAUUUGAACAAUUUGUCCAAAACACAAUCUAUUCGUGUAGGAUUUUUGCCUGUUCACAUCUAAGUGGGAAUCAGUAGUUUCUUUGUUGGUCACUAUGGAAACGAGUCAGCCUAUCCUGAAAAGCUCUUAGAUCAUACAGAACGAUGCCUGUGUCUCAGUGUAGCUCCUCACUGAGCAAGCCAGAGCUGGCUUCUGCCUGCCUCCAGCUCUUGCCUGCCCAGAGCCAGCGCCAUGCAGAUGCAGGACCCGUCCCGGAGGCCUUCGGCUGUGCACUUCCUCAGUGCCUUUCUGCAGGGGCGCCGCCACUCCACUUCUGACCCGGUCCUCAGGCUGCAGCAAGCCCGGCGUGGCUCUGGCUCCGCCACCAAGCUGCUGUCCUCCUCUUCUCUCCAGGUGAUGGUGGCUGUGUCUUCUGUCAGCCGCCCAGAGGGGAAUCCAACUUUUCCUGAGAGAAAAAAAAAUUCAGAACGCCCAACGCCAAAGUACACAAAGGUGGGAGAACGUUUACGGCAUGUUAUCCCUGGGCACAUGGCAUGUUCCAUGGCGUGUGGUGGGAGAGCCUGUAAGUAUGAGAACCCAGCCCGCUGGAGUGAGCAAGAGCAAGCCAUUAAGGGAGUUUACUCAUCCUGUGACACAGUCUGAGGCCCACUGUUGUUAGUGUUCUGUAUGAGUCAUAGGCAAGCCUAAUGACACUAAUAGCUCGAGGAAACCAACACUCCUGAGUCAGAGUCGGCUGGACAAGCGGAUAGCCAGUGUGGCAUAGCUUACAUGCAAGCCCUUCCCAGCUCUGCUGCUCUUCAUCAGAUCCCAGCUCCAGUCUCUCAGAGUCCUGGACUACCCUUGCUCCUGAGGGGCUGUGGUCUUAGAUCCUGACCUGCCAGCUGCAUGGCUUUGCUGCUCCUCUGAGACUCAAGUGAGUCAUAGCUUGCAGUAGACUACUUUUCAGACCUUUUACCAUCUUCCCGAUGACAAGCUUGAACAGAACAGAGGAAAGCUGCACGUCUAACAAGUGGCAGGCUUUUUAUGGCCAACU